CUGCAGAUCAACUACACUUGCCUCACACGCGUGUUUAAGAUUCACAUUUUAGGAAAAGUCUGGUUUAAGGCCGUAGUUGUAGAAAUAUAAGACGUGCUUUUCAUCAGUAUGGGAGGGCAGGCCAAGGGCAAAAAGAAAAAUAAACCGAAAAGGAAAGAGAAUCGUCCAAACAGGGAUGCAGGAUUUGUUGGACUGACACCUCAGGAAAGGGUGAAACUAAGAAUGCAUGAAAAAGCCAAGAAGAAGACAGCUGAGAAGUACUCUGUGCAGCAACUGUUAGAGAAGACAGAGGAAUGCAUUGACAGUUUUGACUUUGAGAUGGCUGGCCUUUUCUGUCAACGAGCCCUGGAUGUGGAGCCCACCAACCUGCAAGCUCUAGAUAUGCUGGGCCAUAUCUACUCUGAGCUAGGAGAUGUACAGAAAGCCAAAGGAGCUUUUCUGCAUGCAGUGGAGCUGAGCCCAGAUGUUGGCCACAGUAAGUACAUGUACCUGGGUCAGAUCCACACAGGUCAGGAGGCUGUGGACUACUACACUAGAGGAAUACAGGUCCUGCUCUCUGCAUUGGACAAACAAGCACAAACCACAGCUCAGGCUGGAGCUGCUGCCCGACCAGAUGAGGACCCUGAGCUCCCUAAAGCGAAGGAUGUUUGCGUAGCCUACUGCUCCAUCGCUGAGAUUUACCUAACAGACCUCUGCAUGGAGGAGGGAGCUGCAGACAAGUGCAGAGAGUUCAUUGAGAGAGCAUUACAGUAUCACCAUGACAACCCUGAGGCUCUACAGCUCAUGGCCAGUUACCUGUUCAGUACAGAGAGAAACCAGGAAGGCAGAGAAUACUUGUUGAAGAGCGUUGGAUUGUGGCUUCCUGCCCAGAAACAGAGUGUAGCUUCUUCCAGCACAGAGGAAGGCAUGCAGAGUGAGAUCCCUCCGUACGAGUCUCGCAUCACCACAGCCAAGCUGCUCAUCGAGUCCGAGGAAUACGAGAUGGCGGUAGAUGUAUUGGAAGGUCUUCUAGAGGAGGAUGAUGAGGUAGUCCAGGUUUGGUAUCUCUCCGGCUGGGUGUGCUACCUCCAGUUGGAAAAAGCAAAGGAGCAGCAACAAAGAGAGGGAAGGGAGGUGACGGAGGAGGAGACGGAGGAGUGGAAGGCACUGAAGGAGGCAGCCAGAUCGUAUCUGACCAACGCUAAGAAGCUGUACAGUAAGCUGCGAUGCGAUGACCAGCCGAUGUUGGAGCAUGUGGAGCAGCUGCUAGGCGAGCUGGGAGGAGAGAUCGAGGGAGAGGAGGGAGACCCGGCCUUGGAUGAAGACUAUGAACCCUGUAGUGAUGAGGAGGAGGAAGAAGAUACAGAGGCGCCCAUGGAACACUGAUCCCCUCCCACCCCCCAACGCCCAUCAUGCUUGUACCUUGUGAUUUCACUUUUCCCCCAUAAUGCUUCCCUCUAGUUUAAAUGUCUUCAUGCGCUCUCUGAAGUGCGUUUUUUUUUUACUGUUUAUCCUUUCACACCCAUUUAUCAAAGGUGAAAUUUGAAUUCAGGUGAGAUGCACAAAAAGAGAGGAAUUAAAAGCUGCAGUCUACUCAAUCUCUUUCAGUCAGUUGUUUAAUGGUUUUGGUGAAAUAAGUGCAUACUUGAGUAAUGCCUCCCGUAAUCACCUUGACAGAAUGAUGUUGAUGAAAGAAAUGAGUUUUAGAGCUUUACUUCUCACCACCAGCAAAAGCAAAACACCUUUGAAUGCUUUUGUCUUAAACACACCCACGCACAGUUUCUGCAUGAUGCACAACACCUGCACAACACCUACAAACAAAAAUGCACAAAAGCAGCACAUCAGUUACUUCGGUUCUUCCUCAGUACAACAGUAGCAGCAUUGUUUUCCUCUCAGGCUGCAGUAAAGUGAAAUAUCUCACUGGAGUGUUAAGCAUUAUCAGAAAACUGUGCCUACCAACAGUUAAUGCUUCCUUUACGUGUAAAAGUCCUUAUAGUCCAAGUUUAUGUGUUUGAAUUUUUAUACUGUUCAAUUCAUUCUCUCUCUUAGGUUUUUUUUUUUUUUUUUUUUUUUUUGCUGCCCCUUUUGCUAACUCAUUGCAUUCAACAAGACGAGACACAAUAGACAGAAUCUGACAUUAACUUAUGCAGCAUGCGUUUCUCUGUCUUUGCUGUUCAAAGUGGCUGGCACAAAGCCUUUCAGAAAGGAGAAACUAGCAACUUUGAUUUAAAAAAAAAAAGUUUUCACAUUGCACCCUUUUAAAAUUCUCUGACAGGGUUGUGAAGCGUAAUGGCAUGGGUUAGUGUAAUGGCAAGGCAAAAUAAUGGACUGAUGCUUUUCACUGCAUUUUAUCGUUUUAUUUUACAAUUCAGUGCUGCAAGGUGAAGAGGCAGAGUUUGUACAUCUGAGUUGUAGACAGAUACACAUACAGCCGGUGUCUAUGGACAAAGAAGAUUAUGAUAUUUGAGCAUGGAUUUGUAACAAACAGCAAGAAACUCGGUAUGCAAGGCGUUCACUUCAUGACAAGCUGCUGUUUCAGGCCAGAGAUGUCAGACCGAAUUUUUUAGAACCUUCUCCGUGACUAUAUUGGAUAGAUUUUUCUUGUAUUUCCAACUCUCACAAACACACAUAGAGUCCAUCGAUGUGUCUGACUUGCCUCGCCCAAUUUAAUCAGCAUCUAUUUAAGUUUGAUUUUUGUCUCAGACAUAAAAGCAUUUUAAAAUUAA